CCAACAUCGAGCAGCAGAUGAGGGAGAUCAGGGAGGUGUGUCGGGAUGGGAAGGCCAAGAGGGCCCUUUCUAAUAACAACGGGUCUCCUCAGCCCCGGGCACCAUGUGACCAGACCGUCUUUCCUGUCUACAAGGGCGUCAUGACUUUUGACCUCAGCAAACAGCACAACCUGCUGGUGACCGGAGGGAUGGACAGGGUGCUGCGUCUGUGGAACCCCUACGUCCCUGGGAAGCCCACAGGUGUGUUAAAGGGACACUCUGCUCCCAUCUUCUACCUCUUCAUCUCCUCAGAGGAAAACCGUAUAUUUUCUGUCUCUAUGGACAACACUGCCAAGAUCUGGGAUAUCCAUGACCAAAGCUGCCUCAUCACAGCCCACCCCAAAGCCAGCCUCAUCCGUGGAGACAUGUCUGCAUGCCUGUAUUCUCCUUCCACCAAGGCACUGUACAUCGCAGCAGACUCACUAGCGCUGCUCUCUCUCAGGACCAGCCCCCAGCCCCAGGGACAUCUGAUCGUGUCUCACAUGGAGCCUGUGUUGUGCUGCGGCUAUAGCCACGAGUUCAGACAGGUCGUAAGCUGCACAGAAGGAUCCGUGGUGAAGGUGUGGGAUUUCGACACAGGGAGCCAUGUGUUUGAAUUUGGUGGUGCCCACGGACAGUCUGCCAUUACCUGUAUGACUUUUGACCCCAAGGGAAGGAGACUGGUCACUGGGGGGAGAGAUGGCUUUCUAAAGAUCUGGAACUUUAACAAUGGUCAAUGUCUGAAGAUACUAAAAAAGGAUGGGGUGUCCAGCGAGGUGUGUGACUGCGCCUACCUAACAGUCCACAGAAACACGUAUGUGAUGUCUGUUGGAUGGGACCGCAGGAUUGACAUCUACUCUGAUUCACCAGACGAGCCUCACCACAUCCAGAAGCCUCAGCCCUCAUGGCAAGAUGAUCUGAAGAGGGGCCACAUAGAGGACAUCCUGUGUGUGGCCCAGUGUCCCCCCUCCCUUUUGGCCACCAGCAGCUAUGACGGGGAGGUCAUUGUGUGGAACCUGGUCUCCGGACACAUCCAGUGUCGCUUUGCCAGCCCUCUGCAACCUGACUGCUGCCAUGCCCAAGGACCCACAGACAUACGCUCUUGGCUCAGAGAGAACCCCACCGAGAGGUUGCAGAUUGUUGACAAUGACCAAGUACUGCUCACCUCGUCUAUAGACUGCACUGUGCGCCUGUGGAGUGCCUACGGAGAGUUCAUAGGGACGUUUGGGCAGCGGGACAAUUGGAGCAUCCACACCCCUUCCUCCUGGAAGCAUCCUGCCGUUCCCUAUGAGAUCCUGAUCGACCCUCUGAGCAUGCCAGCUCACCACAUCCUGGAGGGAAAGACCAGAGUGUCCGAUGUCAUUAACGCUGACAACUCUGAGGCCACUAGCACCGAGCCAAAGUCCAACUCGCCCAGCAAGCUUAGACACCCUCCACUGUCCUUCAGUGACACAGACAUCAUGGAGGAGAUGAAAACCUCUUGUUACACAGAAGAACAUGGUAAACGACUCCGACAUGAAAUAUUCAAGCAUACUAACAAGCCACCCAAUCAUGGCGGACCCAAGGCCUACCACACUCUCAAGUACUUUGAUAUCGUCGACACCCCGACUACCUGCGAGAGGCCUGAUCUUUCCCUGGCUGGCAUAGAUCCUUUCAUGUCCAGCUUUGUGGAACAGGAGUCGGCUGAAUUCCAAUAAGAUCCCAAUUGUAACAGGAACUCAAACUGUGACCAUAGGUCCUAUGCACCAUGAACUCAACAUGCUUCAAGGACAGAGGAGUUACAACACCAUCACAAGUAAUCAGAAGAGCUGAAAUGUUAGCUGUUGCACAACUUUAAAGAGUUGCACAGUCCUGGAUUGAUUAGGGGAGACAGGGGUUUGUAUUUCUCAGCACCAGUAUACCUUACAAGACUAUUUUCAAUAAGAUUAAGACCAAGGUCUUGGGUUGAAAUGGGGGACCAUUUCUAUCCUCCUUAUUCCAACAUGGAGUUAUAAGCCAUUAAACACUCUCUGUCCACUUGUGACAACCUGGGCCCAGAUUUACAAAACCCUUCUUACGCAAAAAAAGCUUCUUAAGAAAAAAAAGAAAGUAAAUAAGAUAGUUCGCAAGUGCAAUUCCUCAACAAUAUCUUAAGAUGUAAUGAUUUUCUUACUAACUUCUCAAAUAUCUAUUUACAAAUCUUCUUAAGAUGUUUGUUGCUAGGCUAACGUUUUAGCUAGCUAUCAAUGGCAAUCAUGUUAGCAUAUUUUUUACUGAGAUUACUGUUCUAAAACAUUUUCUUGGGUUUAAAAUAAUCAAUACUGAAACUUUCAGAUAAAGUUUGAGUAAAUUAAACAUGUUCAAUUCCUUUCAUGAGCUUUUUCUCUCACUGCCCUGAGUUUAAGACAAGGGUCUAGCUAUCUUAGAAUUAAGAACAUUUCCAAGAACCUUAUUUUCUAGAAUCAAAUUUCUUCUUAACUUUUUGCUUAAGGGGUCCCGUUAGCUGGACAACUUCCGGUGAAGCUGGAGGGCGCGUAAUUCAAAUAAAUAUUAAAUUCUUGUUAAUCUUACUCCACUGUCCGAUUUACAGUAGCUAUUACAGCGAAAACAUGCCAU